UCUUGUGCAAUAAAUCCAUUAUGCUCUCCUGUGAAACCUGAUCCUGUUUAGUCAAGAGUUGCAUGAAGACACAGAUAUGAAUUUUCUUUUACACGCAUUGAAAUCCAGCAUUCACAGUCACACUCUGGGGUUUAGUAUCACAAACACAAAGUUACUGCAGUUCUUUUACCAGGAUGCCACAGGUAAAUAUACGCUCUUCUGACGAACUGAAGUUAGCCACACUUAUUUAAUUAAUUUGACUGACGAUAAAAGUUUGUGUAAAAUGAGCCAGGUAGGCAAACUUCAAUGCAAUGAUGUACUAACAUUUAAAUUCCCACCCGCUAAAAAUCUGUAAGCUGUGUAUCUGUCAAUCACCCCUCGAAUUAAGUGUCCGGAACUAUUAAACUGCAUUUCUACACAUGUUAAAAGGGGAUAGAUGCUCUACUAACUACUUCCGCUACAAGCUAUUAAGUUGUGGCCCUCUGCUCUCGUGUGUAACCACAUAUAGUAGAUGCAGAUUUCAUUAUAUUGCAACUCCUGGAAGAAACCAGUAACUCUGGUGGAAAGGAGGGGGGCGGAGCUGAUGUAUUAAUACGUGGCACAAUUAUAAAAAAUGCUUCGAUUUAUAAUGAAAUUAUCUGGCUAAAGUUUGUAUGAAUAAUACAAUAAAACGAAAAAAAAAGAAAAAGGAGCAGCUGUGAAAAAUGUGAUGGGCCUCACCUCCCUCCCCCAGCCUGAGUGGGCUUGACCCUUGUGGGUGAGGUACCGCUGGCCAUCAGUCCGCAGCAGCAGCCCUCUCACAUCCUCACCGCCCGCAGAGGAUGAUGGAGAAAACCAGUCACAUCAACAUUGCAAUGAUAGAAGACAUCGGUACUAACGGGAUGGCCGUGUCAAAGGUCGGCACGGGCGUGGACGGGAAGAAACAGCGGUGCGGUUCCACCGUGAGCUUCCACAACAUCCAGUACAAAGUGCAGACGCAGAGCAGCUUCUUCUGCAAGAGAAAGAUCCUCUCCAAGGAAAUACUAGUGGACCUCAAUGGGAUUAUGAGACCUGGUCUGAACGCUAUUCUUGGACCUACUGGAAGUGGAAAAUCUUCAUUCUUGGAUAUUCUGGCUGCGAGGAAGGAUCCCGCAGGUCUCUCGGGUGAAGUUCUCAUUGAUGGAGCCCCACAGCCUCCAAACUUUAAGUGCCUCUCUGGCUAUGUCGUCCAGGAAGAUGUGGUCAUGGGCACCCUGACCGUGAGGGAGAAUCUGCGUUUUUCUGCGGCUCUGCGACUGCACGUCUCCGUGCCUCAGGUCGAGAAGGAGGCUCGAGUCAGUCACCUCAUUAAAGAACUGGGUCUCACCGAAGUGGCUGACUCCAAGGUGGGCACGCAGAUGACCCGAGGAAUCUCAGGAGGAGAGAGAAAGAGGACAAACAUCGGCAUGGAGCUGAUCAUCGAUCCUGCUGUCCUAUUUCUGGAUGAACCGACCACCGGCCUGGACGCAAGCACUGCCAACUCUGUCCUGCUCCUGCUGAAAAGAAUGGCGAGUCAUGGUAGAACCAUAAUUAUGUCCAUCCACCAACCUCGCUACUCCAUCUACAGACUGUUUGACACUCUCACACUGUUGGUCGGUGGUAAAAUGGUGUACCACGGACCAGCGCCAAACGCUUUGGACUACUUUGCCAACAUCGGCUAUGCCUGCGAGCCCCACAACAACCCAGCUGACUUCUUUUUGGAUGUGAUUAACGGAGACUUCACCGCCACAGCAAUGACCAAAGUGCAUGGCUCUGAAGAUUUGGACUUUGAGGAGCUCAGUAGCUCCAGGCAGAGCAUCGAGGAGCGCCUGGUGGAUGAGUACAGGAACAGCGGUUACUCCAGCAACACACGAGCCGAACUGGAGCGCAUUGUUAAAGAUAAGCGCUGUGGAUCCCUCCCAAAGUCCCGCACCAUCACCUAUAACAGCUCGUUCUUUCACCAGCUACGAUGGGUCCUUCACAGAACAUUUCAGAACCUCAUGUUGAACCCCCAAACAUCUGUGGCCCAGCUGGGAGUCAACGUUUUCCUCGCUCUCAUCGUGGGAGCCAUUUUCUUUGGGGUCAAAGAUGAUCAGAGUGGUAUUCAGAACAGGAUGGGCGCCCUCUUCUUCAUCACUACCAACCAGUGUUUCAGUACUGUCUCCGCAGCCGAGCUCUUCAUCACUGAGAGGAAACUCUUCGUGCAUGAGUACAUCAGUGGCUACUACAGAGUGUCUGUCUACUUCCUUUCUAAGAUCCUGUCUGAUAUCGCUCUUCGCACCGUCACCUCUGUUAUCUUCAGCUGUGUUGUCUAUUUUUUGAUUGGGCUCAAAUCCACAGCAGAAGCCUUUUUUGUGUUCAUGCUGACGGUGACUCUGGUGGCCUACACAGCCACAGCCAUGACCAUGGCCAUCUCGGCUGACCAGAGUGUCGUGGCUCUUGCCAACAUCCUCAUGACCAUCACCUUUGUCUUCAUGAUGAUUUUUUCAGGACUCCUGGUGAAUCUACCCAGCACCAAAGACUGGUUGGCUUGGCUGAAGUACUUUAGUAUUCCUCGUUAUGGUCUUGCAGCCUUGAAGAUCAAUGAAUUUGUGGGUCUGAGGUUCUGCGAAGAGGUUGUAAUCCGAAACAGCAACAUGUCAGCUAUGACAGCCAACUGCACUGUGAACACAGGUGGCCAGACAUGCACAGGAGAGCAGUAUCUGGAGUACCUGGGCAUAGACUACACCUCCUGGGGUCUGUGGGAGAAUCAUGUAGCUUUGACUGUUAUGAUGAUCAUAUUUCUCAUCAUUGCCUAUCUGAAGCUUCGCUUCAUAAAGAAAUUUACUUAAUGUG